GGGGCUCCGCGCAUGCGCAGCGGCUGUAAACACGGCAGCAUGGCCGCGUGAGGCUGACAGCUGAGGAGUGAUCGGAGGAGUGAUCGGUUUUGUUAUUGAUCUCUGAGCUGAAUUCUGAUUGGAUAUCAGGUUACCUGUCCAGGUGGAUGUGAUGACGUAGAUGGAGUCCGUGAAGAAACAGCUGAUGGAGUUUUCUGAGGAGGCUCACGGUGAGAGGAGAGAGUACUACAGGUACUGCUAAAAGUACUACAACCACUGCUGGAAACAGUAACCCUGAGAGAAAACUGCAGAGAGUGAAGUACUGAAGAGUAUUUCUGAUUCACAAGGAAGUUUAUUUAGAAAAUUACAAAAAUAUAAAAAAUAAAACAAGAAAAGUGAGAAAAAAUAUUUAAAUACAAAACAGAGAAAAAUACAGAAAGAACUUCUGAACUACAACCCCUUCAUUUUAGAUAAUAAAUACUUUAAAUAAGAAAUACUUUAAUUAAGAAGUAUUUUAAAUAAGAAGUACCCACACUGAACUUCCUUAUAACUUGUAUAGAUGUACCUGAUAGGGGAGACCGGGGUAAGUUGAGCCCCACCCCCUGUUUCUUGUAGAAGGUCAAAGAAAUGGAUCAUGUGACCAAAUCUUACGGAGAUGGUCGUCGGUUCAUGGAGUCUGUGAAGGUUCGAGGUUUAAAGUGAGUUUAGUCUUUAGUCGUCAGUUUGAUCAGAAAUAAAGAUUUUUAAUGAGUUUAUCAUCAGCUGUAGUUUCUCUCUGAGGACUGAUAAAGUCUUCGUCGUCGUUCAGGAGGAUCAGAGUUUACAGAUCUGUGAGGUUCUCAGUUUCUCCUGUUUUUAAUAAUAAACUGAAUUAUUGAUUCUAAUGGAUAAAAAUUCACCUGAGUGUGAAGAAUGACGGUUACUGAGGGACGGGGGCGGGGUAAGUUGACCACAGGAGACCCCUUUACAGUUCUGUUUACACUCAUUCUGUUGGUUAUCGGUUGGUGAUGUCUGGCAGACCUGUACCUGAGCCGCUCUGUGCCGUACCUGGACGGGUCACCUGACCCGCUCGUCUUCUUCAGGGAUUGGAUCGCUCCCAACAAACCCGUCAUCAUCAGAAACGCCUGCAGCCAUUGGCCGGCUCUGAACAGGUGGACCCCGCAGUACCUGAGGUGAGGAGGCCCCGCCCACUAACACCUGCUCUCCUCUUCUUCUGUGGUGGGAGUUCACCUGUGAAACGGUGUCAUCAGGUGUUUCCUGUGUGCAGGGAGAAGGUGGGGUCAAAGGUCAUCAGUGUGGCAGUGACCCCCGAUGGUUACGCAGACGCAGUGAGCGGAGAUCGAUUCGUCAUGCCUGAAGAGAGGAGGAUGACCCUGUCUGCGGUCCUGGACCUGAUGGAGGAGAAGGUGAGAGGCUGCCCCUACAGGAGAACUGCAGUACUACAGUACCAUAAAUACUACAGAACCAUAAAUACUACUGUGAGAAGUACCAACAGUACUUUUAAGACUGCAGUACUCUGACAAAACAGCUGUAGGAAGUACUCUCUCUCUCUCUCUCUCUCUCUCUCUCUCCUCUCUCUCUCUCUCUCUCUCUCUCUCUCUCUCUCUCUCUCUCUCUCUCUCUCUCUCUCUCUCUCUCUCUCUCUCUCUCUCUUCCUCUCUCCCUCUCUCUCUCUCCCUCUCUCUCUCUCUCUCUCUCUCUCUCUCUCUCUCUCUCUCUCUCUCUCUCUCUCUCUCUCUCUCUCUCUCUCUCUCUCUCUCUCUCUCUCUCUCUCUCUCUCUCUCUCUCUCUCUCUCUCUCUCUCUCUCUCCCUCUCUCUCUCUCUCUCCCUCCUUCUCUCUCUGUCUCUCUCUCUCUCUCUAUCUAUCUCUCUCUCUCUCCCUCUCUCUCUCUCCCUCUCUCUCUCUCUCUCUCUCUCUCUCUCUCUCUCUCUCUCUCUCUCUCUCUCUCUCUCUCUCUCUCUCUCUCUCUCUCUCCCUCUCCCUCUCCCUCUCUCUCUCUCUCUCUCUCUCUCUCUCUCUCUCUCUCUCCCUCUCUCUCUCCCUCUCUCUCUCUCUCCCUCUCUCUCCCUCUCUCUCUCUCUCUCCCUCCUUCUCUCUCUCCCUCUCUCUCUCUCUCUCUCUCUCUCUCUCUCUCUCUCUCUCUCUCUCUCUCUCUCUCCCUCUCUCUCUCUCUCUCUCCCUCUCUGAUGAUCAGCGGCGGCGGCGGCGUGGCGUCUUCUACGUGCAGAAGCAGUGCUCUAACCUGCUGGAUGAACUUCCUGAACUCACAGACGACCUGGAGUCACACGUCCCCUGGAUGAGCACGGCACUUGGUGAGUCUACGCCACUGAGCAUGCUCAGUUAGUCCCUUUAGAUCUGUUUACUUUGUUGUUUGUUUACUUUGUUGUUUGUUUACUUUGUUGUUUGUUUACUUUGUUGUUUGUUUACUCCUGUAUUUCGUCGUCGUCUUUUUUGUGUUUUAGGAAAGUUACCCGACGCGGUGAAUUUCUGGCUCGGAGAGGAGAGCGCUGUGACGUCCAGUAGGUCCUGAACGCAGCACAGAUCCUGUCAGAGUGUUUACCCUGUUAAACCUGUGUGUGUGUGUGUGUGUGUGUGUGUGUGUGUGUGUGUGUGUGUGUGUGUGUGCGUGUGUGUGUGUGUGUGUGUUAGUGCACAAAGAUCACUACGAGAAUCUCUUCUGUGUGAUUUCUGGAGAGAAAAACUUCAUCCUGCUGCCGCCCACAGACCGACCCUUCAUCCCCUACGGUAACCAUAGCAACCGCUUUACCAUUCUAUAAAACCCUUCAGUACUAUGUGGUUACCAUGGUAACCCGGUCCGCGUGUGUCAGGUCUGUAUCAGCCGGCGGUUUACCGACAGACGGAGGACGGAGAGUUCGAGGUGGUGGAUCAGAGCGGCGCUGAGAAGGUGCGUUUAGUGUCUGCGUGGUCGUCUGCGUGGUCGUCUACGCCGUGUAAAUACCUGAGCUGAUUCUACCCCCCGCCCCCCCCCCCAUCAGGUCCCAUGGAUACCUCUGGACCCCCUGGACCCAGACCUGGAGCAGUUCCCUCAGUACAGCAGAGCUCGUCCAAUCAGCUGCAGCGUGAAGGCCGGAGAGAUGCUGUACCUGCCGUCUCUUUGGUUCCAUCACGUCAGACAGUCACACGGCUGCAUCGCAGGUAAGAGGAGCACCUGAACGCAGCACGAGGCCUUCAAGGACCCGGGUCUUAUGUUGGCCUAAAGUUCACUCUGACAAACUGACCAAUCAUGCAUUAAGGAGGAAUGAUUACAUCGACCAAUCAGAGAGCAGCUCUCUUCUCAGUGGAGUGUGUAUUACAGAGCUGUCAUUAUUGGACUGUUGGUGAUCAUGUGACCAUAUAUCAAACGAUGAGGUCAUGGACUGAGGCGAUCAGCUGAUGUUUAACCUUUGACCUUUCUCCUCUCAGUGAACUUCUGGUACGACAUGGACUACGACAUCAAAUACAACUACUACCAGCUGCUGCACGCGCUCACGCAGCUCGCCGAAUGACAUCACCGAUGACAUCAGGAGCGUCUCGGAGAAGGACGCCGACACUCUGACUCCUCCCACAUCUUCCUCUCUGAAACGGAGCGCGCUCAGUUUGAAUGAAGCUGCAGCGUGGAGAGCCUGUGUUACCAUGGUAACAGGUCAUACUGGUUCUACUGGUUUGAUUUUCCAGUUCAAGUGUUUAAACUCAGUGAAGUCCAUCAGACUGUCAGAGUCUCUGUUUCUAAAUAAAUUCACUUUUUCUGAG